GUCCGUGUGCUUUAGACGCCCCGGCUGUGUCCCAGCUCCACGCGAGCUUCGCUCCGGAGCUGCCCAGGGCUCCUUUCAGCCUGCUUUGCUCACACCGGGGCUGCUCCCGGGGCACCGGGAGCCGGGGAUGUUCCGUGGGGGCUGCGGGUGAAGGUUUGGGGGGGGUCUGGGGCGCUCAGGGGGUGCAGGUCUGCGGGCGCUCUGGGCUCCGUGGGUGCCGCCGGGGGUCCACGGAUGCGGCCGGGGGAGCUCUGUGGAGGUCCGUAGGUCCCGCUCUGGGGUCCGCGGGUGCCGCCAGCCCCCGGUGAUCCCGGUGCCGGUAUCCCUUUGCCCCCCGCCGCCCCAUCCCCGCCGCCCGAGCGGGACCGGUCCCGCCCCGUUCCGGUGACGGCGCGGGCGGGCCGGAAGCGCGGGGGGGACGCGGCGGCCCCGCUCCUGUCCCGGUGCUCCCGUCCCGCUGCUCCCGUCCCGUCCCGGUCCCAGCCCGGCACCGCCAUGCGCAAGUUCUUCCAGGAGAUCAAGGCCGACCUGAAGUUCAAGACGGCGGGGCCCGGGCAGAAGCUCUCGGAGCCGUCCCGGGCCCCCAGGGAGAAGCCCAAAGCCGAGGUGGCCCCGAAGCCCCGUCAGGCCCCGACGGAUGAGGCGCAGAGAGCGGCGGCCGCGGCGCUGGCCCGGCUGGAGCUGAAGCCCAAGGGAAAGGCACCGUCCGCCUCCCAGGAGGCCAUCAAGAGCCAGGUGAGAAAGGAGCUGAUGGCCGAGGCAGCUGCCAGCGAGAAGGGGCUCUCCAUGGAGGAAAAGCAGCAGGAGGAGGAAGGGGCAGCUGCUCCCUCUGUCUCGGGGGUUUAUUUCAUUUGCCCCUUGACUGGUGCCAUUGUGAGGAAAGACCAGAAGGAAAAGCAGCUCCGAGAAGCCAUCCAGGCAUAUUUCUCCGUGGAUCCAGUGGCUGCUUCCAUCAUGGAGAUCCACACCUUCAACAAGGACCGGGAGAAGGUCCGGGUGUGCGUGGAGACCAUGGCCAAGUACCUGGAUAACAUCUAUCUCCAUCCAGAGGAGGAGAAAUACCGGAAAAUCAAACUGCAGAACAAGGUGUUUCAGGAAAGGAUAAGCUGCUUGGAAGGGACACACAAAUUUUUCCAGGCUGUCGGGUUUGAGACAAAAACACUGCCUGUUCCAGGACAAGAGACCACGGAGGAGUUCUACGUGCUGAAGGAGGAGGUGCUGAGCAGGCUGGAAGAGCUGAAGGAGCGCAAGGAGCAGCUGCUGAGCUCGGAGCCCGUGCGGGCGCAGCUGCACCGGCAGCUCGCGCUCUUCCAGCCGUCGCCCGCGGCCGCGCGCUUCGAGCUGCCCCACGACUUCUUCAACCUCACUGCAGAGGAGCUCCGGAGGGAGCAGCGGCUCCGGACAGAGGCGGUGGAGAAGGCGUCGAUGCUGAGGACCAGAGCCAUGCGCGAGAAGGACGAGCAGAGGGAGAUGAGGAAGUACAACUACACCCUGCUGCGGGUGCGCUUCCCCGAUGGAUACAUCCUCCAAGGGACUUUUUAUGCCCGAGAAUCAGUAUCUGUGCUCUACAACUUUGUGAGAGAAGCACUCAGAGAUGACUGGCUGCCCUUUGAGCUCCUGGGACCUGGAGGUCUCAAACUGACUGAUGAGAACUUGGCCUUCAAUGAAUGUGGGUUGGACUGCUGGAGCGACGUGAGCUCACAGGUGGCUUUGGUUUAGCUCUGCAGAGGGGCUGGACGCUGCUGUCCCCUCCCAGCUCCAGGCUCACAGGUGGCCUCUCCCAGUGGCUCCUCCGAGGGGCUUUCAACACCAAACUUGGAGCAGGGACUGCCUGAGGUGUUCCCCAGGCGGUGGUGGAGCAGGGAUUAGGGGCUGUUAGGCUGGAUUACCAACCUGAGCCUGGGUAGGGGGCUGGGUUUAGAACUCAGCUUCCCGUUCUGCUUCUGUGUGCACUGUAACUCCUCUUGGAGAGAAGCUGUUUGGAUAAAGUUACACUUAGUCUGAUUAAAUGGAAUUAUUUAAAGACUCAGUUCUGAUCCCAGUUGCUUGAGUUGCAUUGUUGUUGUAGGUUUGAGAUGCCAAACCAGUCAGUGCUGGGGCUGGCACUGGUGUUACUGGGGCAGCAUCACCUCCCUUGUCCCUUCAGAGAGCAGAGAGUGACAGCAGGGAACAGCUACUGGUGGUGCCCAGUAGAUUAAAUAAACCUCAAAUUACAGACAAUCUUUUAAAGAAGUAAUUCAUUGUAUAAAGCUGAAACCCCCAGCAAGUUUGUUCUGUGCAUCAUCAAGUUUGAUGCCAGCUUAGUCCUUUAGUACCUCAACCAGAGGUAUUAACUCCCAGAGUUUUUCUGUGGGACAGAGCCCAGCUCUGAUGUAGACAAGAGACUGAGAAUCUAGCCCUGACCUGUCCAGCCUGUCCCAAAAUAAGAAAAACAAUGCAUUUUUCCUUUUCCAAGGGUAAAGCCCUGCUGCUGUUCUCUGGAGCAAUUAAGACCACAAACAGGAUGGUACAAGAGCAUAAAUUCAUAUAUAAUUGUACAUCAUUUAUACCCAAGGCCACGCUGUACAACAUUAUGAACAGUCAUUUCCCCAGUGGCAUCACAAUAAGCUUAUUCCAAAAUCCCUCAGCUACUUUUAGAGAUAACUUAGAUACCUUCCAUUACAAAGAAGUAUCAAAAUUUCAAUAAUGCUUUAUUAAGGACAGAUUAAUAUGCAGUAUUUAAAAAAAAAAAAAAAAAGCUAAAAAGCUAAAUCUAAAAAUUUAAGCUUCCAUCUGGUCUGAAGCAGAACAAAGUGCUGUCUUCUCUUUACAAGAAAUGUGGAAUACUUUCAAGUAUCUUGGUCAAAGAUACACAAGGUUUAAAAAUUUCUAGCUCAUUCUACAUACAUACAGAGGAGUUAGUAGGCAUUUAAAUCUCAAAUUGUAUUAGAUGGGCUGACCAUGCUGCUGUCCUGGUGAGCAGCUCUUGUGCCACUGGAUUCUGAAGCUGUGGAACCUGCAAAGGAGAGAAUGUGUUUGGUUUGUUUUGUUUUUAUAAAUAUCCUCAUUAAUCCAGUAAAAUUUGACUACUUUAUGUUU